AAGACCAUAAACUGGUGCUGAGAAGGGGAUUUGGCGGACGCUAAAACUCCGUUUGGUGCGCAGGAAAAAUACUGUGCAUUAAUUCACUCGCCUCACGCAGCCCUCUUCACCGCUUCAUCGUUUUGAAAGCUUCCUUCGACCCUGUUCUGAACUCAUCUGUCGGUGGCGGAACCGCAUCACAGCAGCAGCGCUGUCUUUCUCAACUGCAGCAGCGUUACCUCCAGGAGUUGAUUUGAAGAUCAAGCAGCUAACUGUUGCAGGAAAAACUUAAGCUUACAAUUUGGGACACUGUCCUUUUUCGGCUUGGCGUUGGCGUUUUUACUGAAUUUCAGAAGUCUCCUCAGGCCUCCCGCCAGGGUCCCGCCCUUCUGGUCGGACUAUCGUUCAGACGACGCCGGAGUGCAGGGUAUUUACCGGAGACCGAAUGGAUGAUAACGACGAAAGCCGCGCCGCUGCUGAUGGCGCUAUGGUCACCGUUGCCGGGGGAACAAGGGAAUCGGUUUCUGUGGCGGCUGCCAAGGAAGAAAAGGCGAGGGUCGCCAAGGCGAAGAGAAAGAGGCGCUUGCUGAAGGAGAUGAACCUCAGGAGCGACCGCGGUGUCUGUUACUUGAGCCGCGUCCCGCCUCAGAUGGACCCUUCCAAGCUUCGCCAGAUAAUGUCCCAGUACGGUGAGGUUCUGCGGAUUUACCUCGUGCCCGAAGAUCCUACGGCCCGCGUGCGUCGGAAGAGCGCCGGUGGUCACCGUGGUGAGCAAUUUUCUGAAGGGUGGGUUGAGUUUGCCAAGAAAAGCGUUGCCAAGAAGGUGGCGCACCUGCUAAAUGGUGAACAGAUAGGUGGGAAGAAGCGCUCAAAAUUCUAUUAUGACCUUUGGAACAUUAAAUAUCUUAGUGGAUUUAAGUGGGACCACCUUACAGAGGAGCAGGCUAGAAAGCAUGCAGACAGAGAACAAAAGUUAGUGCUAGAAAUAUCUGCUGCCAGGAAGGAACGCGAUUUUUACUUGGAGAAGAUUGAUCAAUCUCGUGCUCUUAGUGCAAUGCAGGAACGAGCUAAGAAGAAGCAAAGGCUCCUUGAGGAUCGCAAAGGUUCAAGUGAUGGCCAUGACCAAGAAACAAGGGUCGUCCGCCAGUUUUCUCAAAUACCACCUGUUUCUGAAAAGGCAACAAAGACUGGUGGUGCAAAGCUCUCAAAAGACUUCUUAACUGGGAUAUUUGGAAAAUCUAGCUCGUGAUGGACUUCCACAUUUGAGUUCCUUUUCAUAAGGAUGACACAUUUAGUUGCUGCUGUUCUAAACAUGGUGGAAAAGAUGGUGGUAGGAAGAUUCUAAUACUUGGUGAGGCACGCUGCAACAUUGUUCUUUGCUCAUGUUCCUGUUCAAAUUUUCAGUGUUUACUGGCUAGCAACACCAGAGUCAGAACGCCUUCGUGUUGAGAUUUUUUGAAUGAAAUCAAAUAGUCAUUAUUAUUCAUUUUCUAUUCUUGGGUGACAAGAUGCAGGCUUCUGGUCAAUCACCGCAUCAGGAGUACUGUAUGUUGGAAUUCCAAUUCCAUUUAAAUUGUUUGUAUUGCUGAGACACAAGUUCCUAUUGCUAAGAAAAAAUAAAUGCUGCUUUAUUGUAGUGUC